AUGGGAAAAAAAUUAAGCCUCGGUAGAGUAUCAAUGUCAAAAUUAACAAUAACCAUAACGAGUAGCAGAACAGCAUCAGCACUCUGCCAUGUGGCUAAGUGUUUGGAAGCUCAAGUGGUGAACGACAGUCCGUGUGAAAGUAGAACCACCGGACACCAGCGUAAGUCGAAACCAUCACGUCUGGGGAACAUCGCGGAGAAAUCAAAUCCUACUAGAUUUCCGCCCGGUGGGCCUAGCUCGGCACCUCCGUCGAGUCCAAUGGCCCAGCAACGCUAUCCGGGCCCAGCGCAACCGCAGCCCUCACCGAUGCCGCCCAGGCCCUACGCACAACCCAACUUUCCACAACGAAGCGGUUUCACACCACCACCUGGAGGGGCUGGCGCCGCUGUUCCGCCACCCGCUGGAGUCGGCCGCAAUCCUCCGGGGGGGGCGGAUACGUACCUGGGGGUGCGUCACCAGCAGCGCCUUCUGCUCCCCCCCUACGCCUCUGCCUCCCGUCCCGCACCACCGCCAGCACCUACUAAGCGUCCGGCCGACGCUCGUCCGCCUUUACCACCUCAACAGCGUCCACAGCACUAUGCCGGUGAAGGUUAUGGGGGAAAGCGCAAGAAGCGACUCGCCGACAAGAUUUUGCCGCAGAAGGUUCGCGACCUCGUUCCCGAGUCCCAGGCCUACAUGGAUCUGCUCACAUUCGAACGCAAAUUGGACGCGACUAUCAUGCGUAAGAGACUCGACAUCCAGGAGGCGCUUAAGAGGCCCAUGAAGCAGAAAAGAAAGCUGCGCAUCUUCAUAUCCAAUACUUUUUAUCCAGGGCAAGGCGACAAUGCAGUAGCAUCGUGGGAGCUUCGUGUCGAGGGCAGACUUCUGGAUGAUUCAAAGAACGACCCCAACAAGGUGAAACGCAAGUUCUCGUCGUUCUUCAAGUCACUGGUGAUCGAAUUGGACAAAGAGUUAUACGGGCCUGACAACCAUCUCGUGGAGUGGCAUCGCACACUUAGCACACAGGAGACAGACGGAUUCCAGGUUAAACGGCCUGGGUACAAGAACGUGCGUUGCACCAUCCUGCUUUUGCUCGACUACCAACCGCUGCAGUUCAAGCUGGACGGGCGUCUCGCGCGGCUUCUCGGCGUUCACACGCAAGCGCGCCCCGUCAUCGUCAACGCGCUAUGGCAAUAUGUGAACACGCACCGACUGCAGGAUCCGCACGAACGCGAGUACGUGCUCUGUGACAAGUACCUCGAACAGAUCUUUGGCUGCGCGCGCCUUAAGCUCGCCGAGAUCCCUGCGCGCCUCGCCCCGCUGCUGCACGCACCGGACCCUAUCGUCAUCAAUCACCUCAUCUCGGUGGAGCCACCACACGACGCCAAGCAGACGGCCUGCUACGACAUCGACGUGGAAGUCGACGACACACUCAAGACGCAGAUGAACAGCUUCCUGCUCAGCACGGCAAACCAGCACGAGAUCCAGGGCCUCGACGCCAAGAUUCACGAGACAGUUGACACUAUCAACCAGCUGAAGACCAACCGCGAGUUCUUCCUCAGCUUCGGGAAGGACCCGCAGCGCUUCACGCACAAGUGGCUGCUCAGCCAGGCGCGAGAUCUUAAGACGAUGAGUGGACACUCAGACGGGAACCCCGAGGAGGAGCGCCGUUCGCCGUUCUACGCGCAGGGCUGGUGCGCAGAAGGUGUGGCGCGCUACCUGCACCACCGUUUGGCGGCAAGGCGCAGAGACCUCGACGCGGCCCUCACGCGCCUCUAA